CACCUCCGUCGUCAUCGCUCAAGUCCUCGAUAGUCAGGACCAGCCACCGUCGUCGUCCUCCCACCGGCCCGCUCGUCGUCCAUAUAAGAGGUUAAAAGGCUUAACUAUCGCUUUCCCAAUAACUCGAGUUAUUGGGGCCAAGUGGUUAGUUCGCUAACAGUCCACUGCAUCCAUCGCUUCUACGACUCCGUCAACUUCCCUGCCGGCGUCGUCUCCAGCAGAUCUGACUGGCAUGCGCUAUCCUCUCCAACAAAGUCGUUGGACAGGAGCAGCCUCCUGAAAGUAGAUCUGGAGGAGAAAAUGGACUUGUUGUUGUUGAUUCCAUCGCUUCCGUCAACGGUCACAAGACAAUUGACCUGGAUUUGGUCCCAAUCGUUAAGGCUGCUCUGGAUUUUGUCGAAAUGUGAGGCGAUUCCGUGCGACCAGUUCGAGGUCGCUUUCCAGGCGGUGGAGCUCUGGAUCGCGGAUCGAGCCGUUCUGCCGGUGGAGAACUCGCUGGGCGGAUCGAUUCACAGGAACUACGAC